GCCUGACACAGGGUCUCGAAUCAAGGCACAGUGGGAGAGCGUAAAAGGCAGGGCCUCUCUCAUCCGCCCGAGAGCAGAAGCAACGUGCUUUUGGAAGGCGUCGUCUUCUGGAGCUGUGUCAGUUCCAAAAGCUCCCGCCCUUCUCUGAGAGGGAGACCAAGGAGUGGCAACCAUGCUCCUGACAGCCUGGCCGCAGGGCCUGAGCCAUGGAAUUGGCCCUAGGGCAGCAGGAACCUGUUGUUUCAGAAGUUGGUGACCUUCGAGGAUGUGGCUGUGUACUUCACCCCAACGGAGUGGGAUGGCCUGUCCCCUGCACAGAAGGCCCUGUACAGGGAUGUGAUGCUGGAGAAUUAUGGGAAUGUGGCCUCCCUGGGAUUUCCACUUCUCAAACCUGCUGUGAUCUCACAACUGGAAGGAGGAGGUGAGCUGGGGAGCCCAUCUCUGCUGGCUGCUGGAGUAGGCACCGACCCUCCAGGCCUCUGGACAGUAGAUAUUGAUAUCCAGACUGACAGCGAUAUAACAAAGGAACUGUACAAAGAAAAACAUAAUACAUCAUUUGUACUUCAGGGGAACUUUUCUCAGGAACCAGACUUCUCAGAGGCCUAUAUUGUAGUAAAACAACAGCAGGGAGUCCACCCAGUAGGAAGUAUGAAGAAAGAAAACAGCAUUGUCAUUGAUGGAACAGUGAAAGACAACACAGGCCCCACGGAGGAGUGUUUCUUUAGUCAGAGUCCGAACUUGAACCAGCGUCAUACCAUCAUCUCCACUGGAGAGGAACCUGAUAAGUGUAUGGGAUUGAAGAAAGCCUUGAGCUUUGACACAAAACUUACUUAUCAUGAAAUAAGUAAUUCCAGGGAAAGACCUUUUGAAUGUGAAAAAUUAGUGGAAACCUUCAAAUAUAACUCUCAACUUCAUCAUCAUCAAGAUAGCUGCACUGGAGAGGAGCCCUAUCAGUGUAAGGAGUGCGGCAAAGCCUUUAGUGUUAAGGCAAAAUUAAUUUGGCAUCAAAGACAUCAUAAUGGGGAGAAACCCUUCAGAUGUGUGGAGUGUGGGAAAAGUUUUAGUUACAGUUCCCAUUACAUCACACAUCAGACAGUUCACAGUGGGGAGAAGCCCUAUCAGUGUAAGGUAUGUGGGAAAGCCUUCAGUGUUAACGGGAGUCUGAGCAGGCAUCAGAGAACCCAUACAGGUGAGAAGCCCUAUCAGUGCAAGGAGUGUGGAAGUGGCUUCAGCUGCAGUUCUGCAUAUAUCACACAUCAGAGAGUCCAUACUGGGGAGAAACCUUAUGAGUGUAAUGAUUGUGGGAAAGCUUUCAAUGUUAAUGCAAAAUUAAUUCAACACCAGAGAAUCCACACUGGAGAGAAACCUUAUGAAUGUAAUGAGUGUGGGAAGGGCUUCAGGUGCAGUUCUCAGCUUAGGCAGCAUCAGAGUAUCCACACUGGAGAGAAGCCCUGUCAGUGUACAGAGUGUGGGAAAGCCUUCAGUAAUAAUGCAAAACUCAUUCAGCAUCAGAGAAUCCACACAGGUGAGAAGCCAUACAAGUGUACUGAAUGUGGAAAAGCCUUUAGUAUCAAAGGGAAGUUAAUCCAGCACCAGAGAAUCCACACAGGUGAGAAGCCCUACAAGUGUAAGGAAUGUGGAAAAGCCUUCAGGUGUAACUCCCAGCUCCGGCAGCAUCUGCGAAUCCACACUGGAGAAAAGCCGUAUGAGUGUAAUGAGUGUGGAAAGGCCUUCACUGUCAAUGCAAAACUAAUACAGCAUCAGAGGAUUCACACUGGGGAGAAACCCUUUGAAUGUAAUGAGUGUGGGAAAUGUUUUGCUUCUAAAAGAAACCUACUUGACCAUCACCGAAUCCAUACUGGAGAAAAACCUUAUCAAUGUAAAGAAUGUGGGAAAGCCUUCAGUAUCAAUGCCAAACUAACUAGGCAUCAGAGAAUACACACUGGGGAGAAACCUUUCAAAUGUAUGGAAUGUGAGAAAGCGUUUAGCUGUAGUUCUGACUAUAUUGUACAUCAGAGAAUCCAUACUGGAGAGAAACCCUUUCAAUGUAAGGAGUGUGGAAAAGCUUUCCACGUCAAUGCUCAUUUAAUUCGGCAUCAGAGAAGUCACACUGGAGAGAAACCCUUCAGAUGUGUGGAGUGUGGCAAAGGCUUCAGCUAUAGUUCUGACUGUAUUAUACAUCAGACUGUCCACACUUGGAAGAAAUCCUAUGUGUGUAAUAUGUGUGGGAAAGCCUUCAGGUUUAGCUUCCAACUUAGUCAGCAUCAGAGUGUCCAUAAUGAAGGAAAAUCCUAAUGAGAAGGAUGUGGAAAACGCUCAAGAUUAAUGCUGAACCGAAUUGGGUAUCAGUAGAUUUGCCCUGGUGGAAAACCCAGAGAGAGAUGAAUGUGGCAGCCCUCACAUGGAAACAAACUUUUUUCAUUUUAUUCCAUUUUAAAUCAGGAAUGAUGGCCAGUUAAAAAGUAACAUUCAAAAACAAAUAGUUUCUUUUAUACCAACAACCAAUUAGAAUAUAUCCCAUUACCAAAACCAUCGAGAAAAGUAGAUUUUUCUAGGAAUAAACUUAAUUAUAAUGCAGGACCUACAUGGAUCUCUAGUGAUGGCCACAAAAGCAACUUAAAUAAAUGGAGGAGAGAGAGAAACCUUGUUCUUGGAUAGAAAAAUUUAAAGAUAUUCCCUCUACUUAAUUUAU